AUGCCCGACGACGUGCGGGACAGCCUGGAGCGGGCCCGCGACGGCUUCUACAGCCAGUGCCGGGCGCAGGGCAUCGCCGACCCGGAGCACUUCGUGACCGAGCGGCGCGACCGCGCUGCGCAAUGCGUCAAGGACAACGUCGACGUCGACGAAAUCGUCCAGGACAUUUCGCGGCACAUGGAGAACGGCGAGCUGGACGUGCUGUUCUCGAGCCGCUGCCGCGACCUGCCGCCACGCAUCUUGGACUGCAUUGAGCGGCCGCUCGUCGAGCUGGAGCGCUGCCUGAACGAGACGGAGCGCGCCAAGAACUACUCCGCCACGCUGAUGGCCGGCCUGCGCGAGGCGGUCGACUUCCUCUGCUUCAACGACGGCGAGCGGAUUGCCAUCUUCCUGGGGGAGAAGGGUCAGGAGUGUAUGUCGUCGCAACAGGUGCGCGACAGCUUGACUCAGUGUCUGGAGAAACACAAUCUGACGGCGUCGACGGCGCCGGACGUGCUGGACAGCACGACGCGCGGCUUCACACCCGCUUUUUGCCACCGCAUGUUCGUGGCGCACGACUGCGCCGCCGACGCCCUCCGGCUUUGCGACGAUCCGACGCCGUCCAACGUGGUCGACAGCCUGCUGCGGGCCUUCGAGGGGCCGCUGCCGUGGCCAAGCGCCACGCGCGGCUGA